AUGCCACAAGUGGAGCCAUACAAUGGCUCCACCGACUCCAUCGAUCACCUGAAGAACUACAAAGUUCUCAUGAUGAUCCAAGGCAUGACUGACGCCCUCCUCUAUGUGGCCUUCCUAGCAACUCUUCGAAAGACAGUCCGAGCUUGGUAUUCUGGACUUAGUUCAAGAAGUAUUAGCUCCUUCGAUCAACUCAACCACCAGUUCACGGGGCAUUUUCACACUAGCAAAAAGUUGCCAUGCACUUCCGCAAGCCUCUUCUCGAUCAAGCAACGGGAAGGAGAAUCGCUAAGAGAUUACAUAGCAUAUUUCAAUACUGUCACAUUAGAAGUUUACAACCUUAACCAAGAUGCGGCUAUGGUGGCCACUGCUCAGGGACUGCAUGGCUCACGCUUCACUUACUCCCUGGAUAAGACAGCCCCCAAGUCAUUUUUUGAGUUCCUCGUUCGAGCACAGAAAUACAUCCUGGCCGAAGAAGCUGUUGCUACUCGAUGCGAUGGUGAGGGUAGAGGAGCUUCGAAGAAGAACAAGAUUGAGGGAGGUUCAGGUCAAAGAUGA